CCGCGCUGUGCGGUGCUGCAGGUCGCGCUCCGCCACCACCUCUCGGCGCGCGUCCGCCAGACCAGGAAGCGGCUCGACGAGAUCUCCGCCAACCGCGCCGCCUACCACAUUGAGCACGCGCCCUCGCCCGCCUGGGCUGCCUCCUCCGCCACCACCCUCGCCGCCUGAGACAAAAUUAAGAACGAGAAAGAAGUGCUUGGUCACGAUCUAUGACUAGCCUAGUAUGCGAUGCUUUGCAUACUUUCGUCCCUGUAAUCGCAAGAUGGAGCAACUAUGAUCCUGGAUUCGUGGUUAAUCGCGAGUUUGCGACCCAGAUCCUGUUACUAUUCUCGUAAUUUGUGCGUCAACAACUGUUUCUGCCAUUUGCAAUCGUUGUUGCUGUGCCACUCCCCCACCAGCCGCCACCAUGCAGAACGAGGUGGGUGACAUGGUGGACCUCUACGUCCCCAGGAAGUGCUCGGCCACCAAUAGGAUCAUCACGGCCAAGGACCACGCCUCUGUCCAGAUCAUCAUUGGUCUCAUUGAUGAGAAUGGCCUCUAUGAUGGCCUCUUCACCACCUUUGCUCUCUCUGGGUUCGUCCGUGCUCAGGUCAUUGUUGUGAAGGCCCCACAGGAAGGCGUGGGGGAUUUGGCACAAGGCCGGUGAUCGAGUCUAUGCUCUUCCUCCAUGGAAAGACCUAUGUUCAGCUUGCUUGAAUGAACAGUGUGUGUGGAAUAGAUUCUUGUCUGAAUUCUCUUCUUGUGGGAUGAACUUGCUUGUAGUAUCUUGGAGUAUCAACUUGGAGCAUCUGGUUAUAGCAGCAUCUUGCAACACAUUCGAUUACUCCAGUACUGAUAGUUACAGUAGCAUCUUGCAAAAUGGAGUAGUUAGAGUAGCAUCUUCGAUUAACUAAAUUGAUGAUUACUGCUGUUAAAUUGGGACUUGCAAGCAGUAGUUCCCUCUUCUUAUGUCUUCUCUCUUGCAGUAGUUGUUGUUGUAGUAGUUUCUUGCAGUAGUUUAGUGUAUGAUUUGUCUUUGGUGGAGUAUUUCUUGAACUGUGUUGUAUUUUCU